CCACGCCCCCUGGCCUGUGCGCAAGGCCCUUUGCGACACUUGUCGUUGCUUUACGGCAGCGGCUAAACAUGUGAAGAGAAAGACCGACGAGAAGAAAACAAACAAUGGAGAACUACAGCAAAGCUCGUAGCGUGGAACAGCCGUCUGUGUGUCCGUUCAAGCUCGCCGCCGACACGCCGGAGGUCUUCGUCAAAGACGGCAGCAAGAUCCGCAACCUGCUGCGCUUCGCCCUCAGCCGCAUCGGGGCCAAGCCUAGGGCGGCAGAGGCUCAGGAGGAAGCCGCCCACCAGGGUCCGCCCCUUUGCCGGCAGCUGGUGUUGACGGCGAGCGGAAAGGCCGUGUCCAAAGCCAUCACGUGCGCCGAGCUACUGAAGCGGCGCGUGAAGGGCAUGCAUCAGCUGACCGAGCUCGCCAACAGCACCGUGACGGACGUGUGGGAGCCGCUGGAGCCCGCCGCCGGCCUGGACAGUCUCACUGUCAGCAGGAAGCUGCCCGCAAUCUGGAUCCUCCUCUCAAAGGACCCUCUGGACCGGCAGCGGCCUGGAUACCAGGCGCCGGGCCGCUUUGAUGGCCUGUGGGGGCACGCCGCCGCCGCCAGGGAGGAGGGAGGACUGCGGGGGGCUCACAAAAGGAAGAGAGGAGGCGGGGGCGGCAGCAGGGGGAGGGGACGUUCUAGAGACCGAAAGCGGGCAGCUGAUCCUGAUACCUGAUUGGACGUCACUUCCUUUUCAUGUGACUCACCGUGAUUUGUGGACAUUAUUUUUUUAAUACAUCGAAAUAAACAGAACAUCGAAUGUGCACAUUUUGUAUCGUUUCAUAAAUUGUUUUAUUAUGAUUAUAAUGUUUGACAGCAAUUAUUGAUCACCUAAAUUUUUUACUACAUUUCAGCCAAUAAAAGGCAAAUUGUAGUGUAUAUUAAGUAAUAAUACUUUGUGUGAUCACUAAAAGUGAUAAUGAUAAGUAUUUAUUGUGAUCAAUACAAGUAAUAGUGUGAUCAAUAAGUGAUAAUGAUAAAUACUUAUUAGGAUC